AUGCGCUUCUUUGACCCUCUUGUCGCCGCGAGCUUGCUCGCUGCGAGUUACACUUUCGUACAGGGUGCCGCUGUUUCUUCUGACGGUGCUGGCUCCAGCCCCCUCCAGCGUCGCCUGACAAGCUCUCUGAAGAAGGAAACAGACUUUCUCGGUCAGCCAACGAAAGCUGUCAUGUAUACCUAUGUUCCCUCUUCGUACAAGAAAGGAAAUCCUCUCGUCCUCGCUCUUCACCACUGCCAGGGUACUGGACCUAGCUACUUCGGCGAAUACCCUUGGGGUCAAGCCGCGGACCAGAAAGGUUUCAUGAUGAUAUUUCCCAGCUCUCCUUACGAGAAUGGUACGUGCUGGGAUGUCGCCAGCAACGCUGCUCUCCGUCAUGACGGCGGCUCCGAUCCUCAGACCGUUGCCAACAUGGUAAAAUUUGCGACGAACAAGUAUGGCUCCGGCAAGAACUAUGUCACGGGCCAUUCUUCUGGUGCAAUGCUCACUGAACUGAUGGCUGCCGAAUAUGCCGAUUUGUUUGUGGCCGGGGCGGAGUACUCUGGCGUUCCAGCGACCUGUUUCGCCACUGGAAAACCUAUUGGUCAAGACUGGAACCCGACCUGCGCGCAGGGCAAGUACAACGAAACCAUUCAGUACUGGGUGCAAAAGGCAAAGUCAACGUAUUCCGGCUAUUCCGGCCAGUAUCCCAGGAUGAUGCUUGUCCACGGUACCGCUGACACUACAAUCAACUUCAAUAACCAACGAGAGGCCAUCAAGCAGUGGACCGGACUCCAUGACCUCGACCCCAGUAAGCCGACCAAGACGGAAUCACUUCCGGGUCAGUCCAACUAUCAGAUUACAUACUACGGCGGUAACACAGUCAUGGCUAUUGCAGCCGGCGGCGUCACACACGACAACCCUGCCAAAGUUGACUUGACCUGCCAGUUCUUCGGCAUCUGA